AUGGCCCAGACCAACGUUGGCCACCGCGCUUUGGACAGCGGCCGGAGGGACCAUCCUACAACUGAACCGAAGUGCCCGCAACGCCAGCGACAACCCUUCAACAGAGCCUGGGUGAAAAAAGCCAUCGAAGAUGAACAGCGACAACUGAAGGCCUCCACCAAUGCGGAUCCUCCAUCAGCGACAACCCCUGCUUCUGGAAUAUCAUUCAAGAAAGCUGGCCGGUCUCGUUCGAAGACGCCGUCCAGAUCUCGCCCCAAGGCUCGGGUAAACUCCAAAUCCCGUUCCCGAUCCCGCUCCAAGUCGUCCUCCGCCCGCAACCAGGUGAAGCGUCAGACUACCCCGGCGUCUCAGGCAUCCCCGCAGCCCUACAAGAAUGCACUACUAAACAAGCUGGCAACUUCAGCAGCUACCCCGGACCGUCAGCAGGCCCGGGCCCCGGAGAACACCAAUGCCAAGGGGGCACCUAGGGAGGCAAUACAUCCACCGCGCGCUGACAACUACGCCGAAGCUCAAUCGCUGGGCACCUACGACCGGCGCGAGAUAAUCAGAGCGGUUGUACUGGAAGAGCUGCAGAAGUUGAGCCCAAGGUCACGGCCCAAGCAGCCUUGA